CGUGUUCCCGGACAGUCCGGCGUUCAAUGCACGCUUCUCGGUGUUUCCGUGAUUCCUGGCGAAAAUAGAACGGCGUGAUCGCGUGGCUCCUUCUUCAAAUAAUACUCCGGUGGGAAAGAAUCACAAGCAUGUCUAGUGGGCACACCGUUGCGAUUCCAGCCUCUCCUUUACCCGAGUGGACAGACAGUGACCACUGCCCAGUGAAGAAUAUCGAUCCAUACUUCAGCAAUUGUCUUUUUCGCAUUGGCAUCUACGGUUGGAGAAAGCGAUGUUUGUAUUUUCUACUCAUUCUGUUAUGUUCAAUGAUAGUAAUCAACUUGUCCCUAACAGUCUGGAUAAUCAAAGUUUUAGACUUUACCAUGGAUGGCAUGGGAAAUUUAAAAAUAAAGAAAGAAGGUAUCAGACUAGAAGGGCAGUCUGUGUUCCUAAAGACCCUGCAAGCAGCGAAAAUACGUUCUAGGCAGAAUCAGCUUCUCAGAUUUGAAUCAUUUAGAAACAUUACAAUCAAUGCAAGAAAUUCUAAAGGCCAAAUAGUAGGCAAGCUAAAUAUGGGUGAGGGAAAACUGGAAGUUUUCACAAAGCAAUUUCUUGUUAGGAAAGCCAAUGGUGAGAUAGUGCUUAGAGUGGAUAAUACGGGAACAAAUAUGUCAGCUAGAAAAAUGAGAGUAACAGGUAAAGAUGGAAUAACAUUUACAGGGUCCAUACAAACACCAGUAGUAAAAUCAGAGUCAACAGAUCAGUUAAGACUGGAAUCUCCAACAAGAAGGUUAAAAGUUCAAGCUCCUCAAGGAAUUAGUUUAGAGUCUAGAACCGGGGAUAUUAGCGCGACUUGCCUCAAGAACUUAGAACUACAUUCAAAACAAGGCGUUAUACAGUUGGAUUCUAAACACAUCCUAUUUAAGGAUCUCCAAACAGUUCUUCCAACAAACAGAGGACGAUCUUAUCAAGGUAUUUACGAAAUGUGUUCUUGUCAAAAUGGACGACUGUUCCUUUCGUCGCCGGAAGAUCAUUGCAGAGCCGAUGACGAAGUUUGUCGGUAGGAGUAAAGAAGAAGAAAAUAUAAAUUCGUUGAAAUUAAAUGCUUAAAAUGUUGAAAGACAGUUAAAGCUUCUAAUAACGCCAUAAAAGACUAAAGUAUUGCAGUAAACGUACAUCUUAAUACUUUUAUAUGUUUCAAGAUCAAAUGACCAAGAGAAGAAUUGGAAGUUGGCAGAAAACUUGGCGUCGUUUUGUCCGAAAUGAGGUAAAAGAUCUUUACGUGCUUAUUGGUUGCGCAAAUGCUUAUUCUUAGUAUUGAAUGAUAAUUUUUAAAGAAAAAUAUCAAAAUAUCGCUGAAACAUCUCAAAUUGUGAUUUUUGCUCUUGAAUGUAAAAUUGAAAAUUUACAUUACAAAAGUUAUGAGCUUGCUUUAAUGCAUAAAGUUAGGCCUAAAAGAGUAGUAUUUAUAUUAAAUUAAAAAGAUAAAGAAAGCUUCGCACUAAAAUAUGGGUUUAAAAAUAAUAAACAAAGCACAAGCUGUGAAAAAUGGUGCAAAUAACAACUGUAGGAAUGCAGUGGGGUCCUUUCGUCGUGCAAAAACUUUACACAUAACAAGAAAGGCUUGAGUGAAAAAACAAUUUGUGAUUGACAAUUCUAAACUAGAUCAGGUGUAUUUGAUAAACACUACGAUCUCAGUGUUUUGCCUCCUUAAGUAUAGUAUAUUUUUAUUUCACUAAGUCAGAAAAUAUGCAGACAACAGAUGAAAGAAUUUACUGCACAAAGAAGGGAAAUUACAUCCGGAGAGAGGAUGGGAGUCGAACUCACCGCCUCAAGUGUGUAUCAAUCAUUUACACCACUCAGUCAUUGAGGCCUCUUGUACUUUUUUACGUUAGAUUUUUUUUUUACUCAUAGCAAUUAUAUAGUCCCUUACACUUAUGUCGUACAAUGGAAUUUCUUCGGCUCUAAAAUUAAAAAAAAAAUUAAUAACUAAUUGAUAUCAAACAAUGUGUUUUAAGUAGACGAAGUGGGGAACCUGAAAAUACAAAUCGGAUAAAAAAUAAAACCUCUGAAAACCAAAAUAAUUUAAUGUCAUUAUUUUGGGGUCUUAAAUAGAAUAAAUACUGGAAAUUAAUUAUUGUUUGAAAAUUUUAACUCUAGACUAAGAGCACUUGGUUAAAGCUAAAAAUAAUUCAUUAAGUUACUUCGAUUAACUUCUUUGCAAAAAAAUCAAUUUAAAGGGGCAGAAGAAUGAAAAAUAUACUUUAUAAAUUAUAUUCUCUUACUUACAAACUCUUGUUAAAAACUGACUUCAUGACGCCAAUAGGUAUCAGGCACAAUUUUAUUUUCUCCUAGAAAUUACCGUCAUUUUAGAUGAAAGUUUCCAAAAAAAAGAA